AUGGCCAUGGCGCCGCUCGACUGGGGCGGCAUCGCCAUCAGCCUCGUGAUGCCACUAAUCCCGAACGGCAUGGCCCUGAGGACCACUGUGGGCAUCAUUGGUGCUGCCGUGACGCCGCAUGCCCUCUGUCUAUGUGUAUUCCAGCCUUUGACGGCCGGUAAUCUCGAGCUGGCCGCGCCGGGUCGUCACCGUAGCGCCGCCCUUCGUGGUGUCGUCAUUAUCCACCCAGGCUCUGUCGUUUGCAAUCUGAAUGCGUAG